AUGUUGAAGAAAAAUGUUUUAUAUGCAAGGAGCAAGAAGCUUGAGAUGAAUUUUAAGCAUUAUAGCUACGUGUGGUUCUGUCUGCUACUACUGGCUAUUUUUCCAUACACACUGCAAAUUCAACAGUUUCAGUUAUUCAAGAGAGCUUACAGCUAUCUAGCUGGUAGUCAUAAAACUGAAGUUUGUUUCGAUGAGACUAUGGACAUACUCAUCAGAAUAGCAGCUUGUUCUAUCAAGAAGUGCAUCCUCAAAUGCUUGGAUUUAACCGGCAUGAACUUGAGAGGCAUCAACUACAGGACAUCAGUGGGAUCUUGUUUGUGUGUUCCGAAAAUGAACCUUCUGUAUAACGUAACUACUGAUCUGACUGGAGGAUGCCUGGCGUAUGUAACUUACGACUGUCCAUCCGAAUUCGACUACAUAGUAGAGAACAACAGGUGUUACAACUAUCAGGUACAGCAAAACACUUGGAUCGUCUCCAGGGAUAUUUGCAAUGCUCUGCUCAACUCCCAUCUCCUUAUCAUUGAUGAUUCUAAUGAACAUCAUGUUCUCAGCUCAUAUUUAUACAACAAAAAUUUUUUGAUGGUUUGGACAGCUGGCUUUCGAUCGUACAUCAAUAGAACUUCUUUUUUCAUCUGGCAACCCUAUCCAGGAAAAGAGAGUCCAAUCAGUUACUACUCCUGGUGGAAUGAUGGUGCAAACUUAGUGAACCUUAAUAUGAACUGCAUUGUAUUCGUAAUCGAAAUAAACCGCAUGGAGAAUAAUUAUUGCGGCAGUUCGUUUUCCGUUCUAUGUGAGAUCGAUGUAAUAGCAGAGGAUCUCUUUACAUUCGAACCCGAUUCCUGCCUCAGCACUGCCAGGCAUCUUAACCACUACACUAUCGUGCUGCCCAACACUUCACAAUUCGGCUACAAUGGCUUACGUCAUAUCCUAUUAGUGAAUUCGGAGAUUUAA